CAGUAUAUGUUGUGAUCUACUAUAUAAACUUUAAUUACAAUGUAAAGACACGUCCCAUGUGUAUAUAAAUCAAGUUUUGCUUUCAAAUUUUAACUUGAUAGAGUAUUUUGCAAUAUUUGCAUAUUUAUUGUUCUCUUGCGUUAAACAUGUUUUUCUUUCAACCAACAGUGUCGUUAAUAACUCCAUAAACGCAAUUGUUUAAAUCAGAAUCUAAAAUGGAAAACACGUAAAAAAAAAUGAUCAAAACAUAUAAUGUUAUAUUUGACACAAAAGCUCUAACUGCACUCUAAUAAUAUUCGUUAUUACGUCAAUAACAUUGAGACGAUUUUAAUUUUAAUUAAUACCUUUAACCUCAGUUAAAAUAUAAGGUAAAAAUAUCAACAUAUUUUUAAAAUUCCACCACUAUCUGUAUUGUAUAUGUAUUUGAAUUAUACUGGCAAAAAUCAACAUCUAAUAACCUUUCAUGGAAGGAAUUGAAAUGAAUAACUUAAAAACCUUAUAAAUCCAUGUUCAGAUACAUGCACACAUACAUAUAAACAUUUAAAUUUUUUAUUUUUAUGUUCAUAAAAUAUAUUUCCAACGCUAAAUUAGAUUACUUAUUACGGUUUUUAAAUCAUUAUUUAACAUACCGGUAUUUCCAUUCCAAACAAAAACUUGUGCUAUACAAUGAAAUGUAGUAUAUCACAUGUUCUAUUGAUCGCCGACAAAAAACCCCAAACCAUUCAAAAUAAAAAGAGAAGAAAGCUUAAUUUCUAAAUUACAUGUUUAUAUAUAUUAAACUCCAUUUUUCUUAAAUUUGUUUUAUGACUGCAUUUAUUUUCAAAUAGUGUGUGGCUAGGAUCUCAAUUGGACAUAAUUUUAAAGGUCGUGUCUUUUAUACUUUUACAGUUCCCCCUCUAUCGAACCUCGUCAAUGUGUACAUGAUUAUUAUUACAACAGUCUUUUGUAAAUAACUAUGAACGAACCAAUUAAAAAUGACAGUGAUGAUAAAUUUAAAGUGUGUAUAUUACAUGUUUAGUUAUAAAUAGUCAAUAAAAUACUAUUUUAAGUUACGGUCACGGGCUUCUUUUUUGUUUUAACUCCAUCCACAAACAUACCACCACACUUCCUGACUUGAAAUCCUUCCCGUGAGGUUAUCAAACCAGCCACGAGAAUUUGAAAUGACUAACAAAGAAAAUUUCUUGUUGGUCGGCAGAUGACAUAAUAUCAUAUGUACAUGUAUAAGAACAAAGACAUACGUGUACACAGGGAUAUAAAGUAUAAUAAAUAAAGUUACUUUUUAGGAUUGUUUAGAAUAUAUAGACAAACGUGAUGAAUACAGCAACAAUUAGUACACAACAUUAUUUGUAUGACCUUUUAUGAUUACUGGCCUCUCUGGUGAUUGGAUGAUCAUUAGCUGACGUAGUCCGCAUAAUUAAAAGCCAUGUUUGACUGCAAACCCAUGUGCUCUAUCUUCGAUUAUAAGUGCAUCGUUCCUUUGUUGACUCGUAAGGCAGUUUGCCAAUAUAUAAACCACCUGAAUUACUUUCGGUUUCGAGCUGUAUACUACCCGUACAUGUUUUAAUUCUCAGAAAGGUGUACAGAUAAGUUUAACUUACAGAAAAAAUGUACGUGAAUUUGGAAAUGUCUAGAAAAAGUCAGCAUUAUAUUUAAAUUUUGGUACCAACCGGAUGUUACGUUAAAUUUUGAAGGACGAAUACAAUUGGUGGUUGUUCGCGCCGUUUCUUAGUUAGCCCGAGAACAUGGCGGAUGGAUACUUGUUGGACGCUAAGGAUGAAGUCUUACAGAGGGCUUCAAUAAAAGCUAAUGAAUCUGGAUCUAUUUUGCCUUUACUGAAAGUAGAGAUUCAGUGCAAGAUUAAACAAAAAUUGUUAGAGAAAGGGGAAGACGAAAUCAUAUUAAUGAUGUCAUCACCCCCGAGAAAGAGAAGAACUGAGUUAACGCCAGAGGAACUGGAGAAGAAAAAAAUAAGACAAGACCAAAACAAAAGAGCAGCAAAAAAAUUCAGACUUAAAGAGAAGGCGAAAAAAACUUGUCUUGAUCGGGAAAUCAAAGAACAAAGGGAAAGGAAUGAAAAAUUGAGAUCUCAGGUUCAGCACCUAGAACUGGAGAUAGCCAACAUAUGGAAAAUAUUAUCAAACAUUAAAAACGAAACAUAGUUGAAAAGUUUUCAACUUUUUACAAGGAUGUGUUCGAGAUGUCGCAAUGGAUAUGUUUCAUCGUGGAAAAUACUUUACUGUGGUUAUUAUGUAUCCGAAUAAUUCUCAGAGAGAGAGAGAGAGAGAGAGAGAGAGAGAGAGAGAGAGAGAGAGAGAGAU